UUUAGUUAUCCCAGUCGAUCUUCUCAAGUACAAACACUCAACAAACAAUAAACUUGUUUCAUUUACUUCGUGCCGUAAUCCCGCCAACUGACAUGCAUUCUGGGUACCUCCUGCAUGAAAACAGCGCCACAUUUCCAGAGGCUGAGCGUAUGGUUGAGUCGACUAACCUUUAAGAAUCAACAUGUCUGUCAGACUUCGAGUCAUACUGCAGGAAGAAAUUCGCAAGCUUACCUUGCCCUCAGGAAUCCCUCAGACUGUGGGGGAAUUGAAGAAUAUUUUACAAGAGACAUUUGCAAUUGAACAAGAUUUUAGUAUUCAGUUUCAGGACCAAGAUUUCGAUGGUCAGUUUUUUAGUCUCCUUGAAGCUAAGGACAUAAAGGACAAAGACACUAUCAAGGUGGUUCUUAUUGAACCAGUGAUCACACUAACAUUUGAGGAUUGUUUGAAUGCUAAAGGACUCCAAGAGAGCACUGACUGCAGUCGUGCAGAGUCAUCGGAAGAUACCUGUUCCACAGCAUCCACCAUAAUUCUGUCUUCUCCAGAGAGCACCUCCUCCCUUCGCUCUGAGUCCUGGCCAGCUCAGUUUGAGAUACCUACCUUCUCCUUUGACACUGAACUCAUUUUGCAAGCUGCAAAUGAAGCUUACAGAAAGGACGGAACCUUACUCAACAAUCCUGCAGUAAAAUCCAACAUUCUUGACAAAUUAGCAGAUAGCAUCUUUGUCUACACUGCCUAUCCUUCACAAGCACAAAGGGAGCAGGUUGCUGAGGCCCUUGUUGCAAAGCACCCAUCUUUGAGAGACCCAGUAUCGUUCAAUGGUUUAUAUAGUUGGCACAACAGCUUGAAGUAUAAGCUUGGCAAUUACAGAGCAAAGGUGAGGCACCUUGGACUACCAGAGCUAAAAGUAAACUCUCGAAAGAAAAAAUUGGCUGCAGACUCCAGCACUCCGGGUAGACACUUGAAAAAGGCGAAGAAAUCUGAGGUAAACUACCUCCCACCUCACCCUCAAGGUGAAACUGAUGCAACACUUGAGAAGGAGCGAGUGGAGAUUAUCUAUGAGUACAAGAAAAAAGACAAUAACAAACUCAUAAAUGAAAAGAUGGCAAAAACCUUCUCACUGCGUCGAAAUGAUGUAAUCCUCAACAAACCACCUGUGAUUGACUUCAAAGCUCGAUGGCCUGCCUUGUUUGAGUUUUCCCAGAUUGAGGAGGAAUUCCGCAGGAUCACACUGAAGCCACUUCAGUCCACAUUCCUGGGCAAGUUGGACCAAUACACACCCAAGCUGUUGAGCCUGUACAGGAGGAAGGGUGGAGCCGUUGGGAAGAAACUUGAUGAGACCCUUGACAUGCUGAAUGAGGCAUGUAUUUACAACAGUGUAGUAGUAGUUAGUUUUAAGAAGUUGUCUUCUGACAUCUGUAAUCUCAUAUUUUAUAUUAAUCUCAUAUUUCUCAUGUUAAUGACUGUCCAAGAAGCCAUUACUACAUUUGUCCUCGGCAUCUUUGUGGUCAGCAAAGCCAGGGAUGGUCUCCCCAAGCAAGCUGGAAUAGCCAUCGAGGGAGCAGAAGUCCUUUUUGGUAUCCCAGAUGUGGCACAUGCUUGCACCUAUCUGAUGGGCCUUAUCUAUGCCUUGGAACUAAGGUACCCUAAUAAACUGAAAUACACAUUUGAGGUCUUUCAGAAGAUCUUUUUGGAGCUGGAGGAUGCAAACAAGAAAAUGUCCUCCAAAGUCCAUGAUCUCAAAGUCUGUUUGCAUGCUUAA